AAAAAUUACGUUCGAAGCGCCACCUGAUGUCAUCAUGUCGCACUUGAUAGGGGAAUAAUUUAUAUAGGAAUUCAGCCCAGAUUGUUUUAGUGCGGAAAAAAUUAUAAUUUAACUCACCGGUGAAAUAAUUAUCGCGUAAAGAAUUUGUGAAAAAUAUGACUCAUCGGAUGCGUUAGACGAAAUUUUAUUUUCUCCAUUAAAUCGAAUCAUACCUGAGAAAUAGCUUGACCUAACCUGAGCGAUACAGACCAAAUUUGUUGUCAUAAUCAGUGCACCGAUAAAAUUGAGUGAUAUUCACUUUAUAACAAAUUAUUUUUCCCUUUUUCCGCCAAUAUUGACAAUGAUGUCAGACGAAUCUGAUUAUGAUGUUGAAACAGAGGAGUUUGAUGUUUAUAAAAGAAAAUAUCAACUACUACUCGAGAGAUGUGAAAUCUUACAGCAGGACAACGAAAGGCUCGUUUACCGAAUUCAAAAAGUGAGGAAGCUUCUUAAGCGGACUCGGAAAGAAAAAAAGUAUAAUUGUUUAUUAAACAUCACCUGUAACGUACUAAAAUUGACUUUGCUUCCUUGGGUCACCCCGAAUUUGCUUAACUUGGAGGAUCAAUAUCAGCGAGCUUCAUUUUCCCCCAGAUUUUUGAUAGAUCGCUUGGAUCAACACGGAGACAGAUGGCGGGAAGCACCAAUGGGCGUUUUGGAAGAAAACAGUGUCUUCCAAGCAACACCUAAGCAGGAGAAGGGCUCAAAGUCUAAUGCAAAUCACCAGAAGGAAGAAAAGCCAAAGAAAGCAACCAAGCGUAAAGGAACAAAGGCUGACCCAAAUGCUCCAAAAAGACCUGCCAAUCCAUUCUUCCAGUUUUGCCAAGAACAACGGCCCAGAGUUAUGGAAAGGUUAGCCGGCGAACCUGAACCAAGCAAACAAGAACUUACUAGGCAAUUGGCAACCACGUGGAAAUCCCUCACUUCUGAAGAUAAAAAGGUGUAUUAUGACAUGUACGAGCGUUCCAAAGAGAAAUAUGUCGCUGAGAUGCAACUCUAUAACAAGAAGUCUGAAGAUGCACCACCCCAAAUGGCGUUGAAUAUAACUUGAAUCUUUCAUAUUGUACUCUUGAACAUUGACGCACGCCUAGAUAGUGUAAACAUCUACUCUUUGUCGAUAGGAAUUUAUUUUUCACCCUUUGUAUCAUAUUCCAACCACCCAACUGUACAGAUAAAAUAAUGUAUGUUUAGCAUUUUUAAUAUAAAAAGUUUACUGGA